AAAAUUAAAUAAACAAACACGAUCAAGCUACAUUCAAAUUUAAAUUUCUGGUGACAUUUGAGUUCAGUCUCAUUCCCCGCCAGUACUUUAACUACACUCCAUAUCAAAUCCCCAAUUUCACAUAAACCCUAACUGACUUCCAGAUUUUCAAAAACCGAACGAAUGCAAUUUCAAUUUGCAUAAUCAUCACUCGUACAGUAUCAGCAUUCACUGAGGAGGAUGACGAAGAUGUCGUUGGAAAACGACAUCGUAAUGCGCGAUAUCAUGAAAGCAAGUGUCGUAGUGAGCGAUCGUAUUGGUAGAGAUGUUUCAGCGCAGCUUGACCUAGAAGAAGCUCUAGAAGCUUCUAGAUAUAUUAGUCAUCCGUACUCUACUCAUCCUAGUGAGUGGCCUCCGUUGGUUGAAGUGGUAAAUAGCAGGGAAUUGCCCUCAGUACUCAUAGAACGAUAUAACGCUGCUGGAGGUGAAGGCACUGCUUUAUGUGGAAUAUUUCCUGAAAUUCGUAGAGCAUGGGCAUCUGUCGAUAAUUCUUUAUUUCUUUGGCGCUUUGAUAAAUGGGAUGGUCAAUGCUCUGAAUACAGCGAUGACGAACAGGCUAUAUGUGCUGUCGGUUUGGUCAAACCCAAGCCCGAAAUUUUUCUCGAGGCUAUUCAAUAUCUUUUAGUUUUAGCAACUCCUGUUGAGUUGCUUCUCGUUGGAGUAUGUUGCUCCGGAAGUGGUGAUGGAUCAGACCCGUAUUCUGAAGUUUCGUUACAGCCAUUACCCGACUACACAAUACCAUCUGAUGGGGUUACAAUGACAUGUAUUGCAUGUACAAAUACAGGUCGUAUUUUCUUGGCGGGUCGUGAUGGACAUAUUUAUGAGAUGCGUUAUACUACCGGUUCGGGUUGGUACAAAAAAAGUCGUAAAGUUUGUUUGACUGCAGGCCUUGGUAGUAUUGUUUCAAGGUGGGUGGUACCAAAUGUAUUCAACUUUGGGGCUGUGGACCCCGUUGUUGAAAUGGUUGUUGAUAACGAGAGGCACAUUUUAUAUGCGCGGACCGAAGAAAUGAGAAUCCAAGUUUACUCGUUAGGUUUUAACGGUGAUGGACCACUUAAAAAGGUGACAGAGGAGAAGAAUAUAAUCAAUCAGAGUGACCUAAAUAGUGGCAGCAGACAGGCGGCAGGAUCACGGCCUUCCACUAGAUCAACGAAAACUUCGAUAGUUUCUAUAUCUUCUUUAUCUACAGUAGAGUCAAAAUGGCUACAUCUUGUAGCAGUUUUAUCAGACGGUAGAAGAAUGUAUCUUUCAACUACAAAAUCCAGCGGAAACAGUGGCACGCUUAGUAAUAAUGUUCGAAAACCAAGUUGUUUAAAGGUUGUCACAACCCGACCCGCACCUCCAUUGGGGGUGGGUGGCGGGUUAUCAAUCGGGCCACUCUCGUUUGCGGGUCGAUCACAAAAUGAAGCUCUUUCGUUGAAGAUCGAAUCAGCGCAUUACUCACCUGCAGCACUCGUUCUUUCUGGUUCAUCACUUCUGCUUGUGAAUCGGGAUUCAACUACGCACUCAUCAUCCUCCUCCAGUAUUUUAGGGACAGGUGUCAGGAGCUCAAAGGCAUUACGAGAAUGUGUUUCUUCCAUACCGAUUGAAGGCCGAACACUGGCUGUAGCUGAAGUCCUACCGCCACGUGAUACAGCUUCAUCCGUGCAAUCACUAUAUUCACAACUAGAGUUUAUUGGAUACGAUAAUUUCGGGGAAUCCGUUGAAAAGUUGGCUGGGAAGUUACGGGCUAGAGGUGAUUUGCCAACUCAGCAUAUACUGCCACGCAGGCGGAUUAUCAUUUUCAGCACAACGGGGAUGACGGAAGUCGCUUUCAAUCGACCUGUCGACAUUUUAAGAAGGCUGCUUGAGUCAAACACACCAAGAACAAUACUCGACGAUUUUUUUAAUCAAUUUGGGCCCUGUGAGGCUGCUGCCAUGUGUCUAAUGCUGGCUGCACGGAUUGUUAACACGGAAAGUUUCAUAAAUAGUAUUGUUGCUGAGAAGGCGGCUGAAGCCUUUGAGGACCCACGGGUCGUGGGUAUACCUGUUUUUUCAGGUAGUGGUGCAUUGGCUAACACCCGAUCUGCAUCCAGUGGGUUUAGCAUGGGUCAAGUGGUUCAAGAGGCCGAGCCUGUUUUUUCGGGUGCACAUGAAGGGCUAUGUUUGUGUACGUCACGGUUGCUUUUGCCUGUUUGGGAGUUUCCUGUUAUGAGUUCUUCUGAUGCUAAAAACGAAAAUGGAAUAGUUGGGUGCAGACUUUCUGUCGAAGCAAUGCAAGUUCUAGAAGAUAAACUUCGGUCUCUAGAGAAAUUUUUACGAUCUAGGAGUCAAAGAAGAGGGCUUUAUGGUUCUAUUCUUAAUGAGACAGGUGCUGAUAUGAUGAGUAGUGAUACGAGUAUGGCAAGGAACGUUUUUAGUCCUUCUCGGAAUUUAGAGUCUAGUGAUGCAGGGGCAUCUAAUAAACGGCAACGGCUUCCAUACAGCACUGCAGAAUUGGCUUCCAUGGAGGUGAGGGCUAUGGAGUGUGUGAGGCAGCUGCUUCUUAGAUGUGGUGAAGCUCUAUUUCUCCUCCAGCUUCUUUCCCGACAUCAUGUGACUCGGUUGGUUCAAUCCUUUGACUCAAACACGAAGCAGUCGUUAUUACAGUUGACUUUUCACCAGCUAGUUUGUUCCAAAGAUGGUGAUCGACUCGCUACAAGACUUGUAUCUGCCCUAAUGGAGUAUUACACAGGUCCAGAUGGCAGAGGAACGGUUGAUGAUAUCAGUGGUAGGUUACGUGAAGGUUGUCGAAGCUUUUAUAAAGAAUCUGAUUACAAAUUUUACUUGGCUGUUGAAUGUCUCGAGAGAGCUGCUGCUGCUACUAACAAUGAUGAGAGAGAAACACUUGCUAGAGAAGCCUUUAGUAAACUGACCGGUGUUCCCGAGUCUGCAGAUCUCCAAGCUGUGUGCAAACGCUUUGAGGACUUGAGAUUUUACGAAGCUGUGGUUCGUUUGCCACUACAGAAGGCAAGUGCGUUAGACUCUGCAGGGGACACUCUCAAUGAACAAAUAGAGGCUGGAGCUCGGGCCCACGCACUUGCUCAGAGAGAACGUUGCUACGACAUCAUCAUAACUGCUUUAAGGUCUUUAAAAGGUGAAGAAGUUUCACACAAAGAAUUUCGGUCACCCAUCAGAUCAUCAGCACAAUCUUCUCUUAAUCCCGCUACCAGGAAGAAAUACAUAUGCCAGGUCAUCCAACUCGGUGUGCAGUCAUCUGAUAAAAUCUUUCAUGAGUAUCUGUACCGAGCCUUGAUCGAUAUCGGGCUUGAGGAUGAACUACUGGAGUUUGGGGGGCCCGAUUUAGUACCGUUUUUACAGAAUGCAAUGCAAACAAAAUACACUGAGCUUUUAGCACGAUACUAUGUGCUAAAACAGCAGCAUGUUCUUGCAGCACAUGUACUAUUACGGUUGGCAGAAAGGCGAUCCAACGGUUUGGAAAAUUUCCUCACACUUGAUCAAAGGCGCCAAUAUCUAAACAACGCGGUUAUUCAGGCAAAAAGUGCUAGUGAAAGUGAUGGGUUACCGAAUUCUGUUAGAGACAGUGGCCUACUUGAUUUGCUUGAGGGAAAACUAACCGUUUUGCAGUUUCAAAUUAGAAUCAAAGAGGAAUUGGAGAGUGUAGUUUGUAAAUUAGAGUCGGCCCCAGAUAAUUCUGAGGCUGAAUUUCUACAAACUGUGAAGGAAAAAGUGAAGGAGUUAUCGCUGGAUUUGAAGAGCAUCACACAAUUAUACAAUGAAUAUGCUGUUCCAUUUGAACUUUGGGAGAUAUGUUUAGAAAUGCUAUAUUUUGCAAGCUACUCUGGUGAUACCGAUAGCAGCAUUGUAAGAGACACGUGGGCCCGAUUUACGGAUCAUGCUCUCUCAAAGGGUGGCAUUGCGGAAGCUUGUUCGGCUCUAACGAGAAUCGGUUCACAUGUUUAUUCUGGAGAUGAUGCUGUUUUACCUUUAGAUACAUUAUGUUUACAUCUUGAAAAGGCUGCAUUGGAUCAGAUGGUUUCAGGGGCUGAAACUGUUGGUGAUGAAGAUGUUGCACGGGCUCUUUUGGCAGCUUGCAAGGGGUCGGUAGAACUGGUUCUGAACACGUAUGAUCAGUUAUUAACUACUGCUGCGGUCUUGCUGUCACCAACCCUGAAACUAAGGCUCUUGCGGUCUGUACUAGUAGUGCUUGGGGAAUGGGCCGGGUCUGUUUCUGCUUGCCGAAUGGGCUCAAGCCCAAUUGGGGCUUCACUUGUUCUCCGAGGAACGUUUUCACUUGAUCAAAGAACUGCUAUUAACCAUGGGAUUCGUGAUAAGAUAACAAGCGCAGCAAACAGGUAUAUGACUGAGGUAACGAGAUUGGCAUUGCCACAGAGCCAAACAGAAAGUGUUUACAGUGGUUUUAAAGAGCUUGAAUUAUCUCUUUCAACUUCGUUUUCUUACGAUCGAUUUUGAUUUUCCUUUUAUAUCGUAAUCGUCUUCAUUCUUAGUAUAUGUGUCAUGCUAUUAGGCUUUUAUCGUUCAAAACAAUAAAAGUUUCUUUGAUUUUGCCUUCUAUAAGCAUUGGUAAUGCCCAGAUCCGGAUGUCACAAGUUUCAUGUAGUUAUAUAGUGGAUUAUCCAUUUUCAUAGAGUAAAGUUUUUAGUUACA